AUGGUGCAGCGCGCCAAGGCGUUUGUAGAGGCAGGGCUGACCCCCCCCGCUGCCCUGCAGGCUCUGCUGCUGCGGGAGAGACGCGCAGGGGGACGAGGGGGGGAGAGUGAGGAGGGGAGUGAGGAAGGGGAUGAUGAGGAUAGUGAGGAUGAGAGGGUUGAAGGCUUGUUGGCGUGGAAAGAUGAGAGGGGGAGGGCGAGGAGUGGGGGAAACGAGGGGGAAGAGAGUGGGGUGGGCGAGAGGAAAGAAGGGGCAGUGGAGGGAGGAAAGGAGGGGAGGGAAGGAGCAGUGAAGAGAGGAAAGUGUGUGGGGAUGGAGGUGGAGAUGAAAGAGAUGGCUACAGAGGGCAUGGGAGGUGGGGAAGGUGCGAAUAAAGCGAUGGCGACGGAAGGGAAGGGGGACACGAGUAGGGAGAGCAGUGGGGAGGAGGGAAGCAGAGAGGAGGGAGAGGUUAGUGAUAGCGAUGAUGGGGAGGAGGGAGAGGAGGAGGGGAAGCAACAAGGUGAAGAGGUGGGGGACAGGAAAGUAGAGGAGAAUCAGGGGUUGCUGGGGGCACAGGAGGGGCACCGAAUGGAGGAGGUCAGGGAUGACGUCAUCAGGGCAGAGGAAGGAGAGCAGCAGCAGGCAGCAGAGAGCAAAGGAGCAGCAGUGGUGGCGGAGCAGAGAAAGCAGGGAAAAGAAUUGGAAGGCAAGCCAGAGCAGGGAGGGGAGGGUGGUGGUCAAGGGGAGCAGGGAGGGCAGCAGGCGGGGCAGAGGGGAGGCAAGCUGUGGGUGCGGGUGGAGCGGCGGGAGGAGAUAGAGGCACAGCGGGCGGGGCUGCCAGUGGUGGCGAUGGAAGGGGAGGUGAUGGAGGCGGUGGGGGGCAGCAAUGCUGUGCUGGUGUGCGGCGAGACAGGGUCGGGGAAGACCACGCAAGUGCCACAGGUGAGUGCGGGUGUGUGGGGUGGGGAAAGGGAAAUGCGUGGGUGGGGGGAGGAAGGGGAGGGUACAUGCGGGCCUGCCCUGCCAUCUCCGUGUGCAGCGGGAUGGGGUCGGUCGGGCAGAACGACCCAAGUGCCGCAGGUGUGUGGCGGAGGGGCGUGUGGGUGGUGGAGAGGAGGUGGAGAGGGGGGGGCAGAGUUUCUCUAUGAAGCAGGGUACGGCUCGUCCCUCCCGGGCGGCACAACCGGCAUGAUUGCCGUCACUGAAGCAAGGAGAGUGGCAUUUCUCUACGAGGCCGGGUACGGCUCGUCCCUCCCGGGAGGCACACCCGGCAUGAUCGCCGUGACUCAGCCGAGGAGGGUGGCGGUGCUAGCAACGGCCAAGCGCAUAGCGGAUGAGAUGGGCGUCACUGUGGGCAGGGAGGUGGGCUACCAGGUGCGGUACGACCGCCACGUGGCGGGCGGCACGGCCAUUAAGAUCAUGACAGAUGGCAUCCUGCUGCGCGAGGUGCAGGCGGACCUGCUGCUGCGGCAGUACAGCGCGGUGGUGCUGGACGAGGCGCAUGAGCGGAGCGUCAACACCGACAUCCUCGUCGGGCUGCUGUCGCGCAUCGUGCCCCUUCGCCAGGCACGUUGGGGGCAAAGGGAAGGGGGGUAG